AUGGCUUCCUUACAACACCGUGCGUCUCUAUUGUCUUUUACCUCAAACCAAUCGAUUGCUUCACUGAGGUCAACAGUGAACUCUCAGAGGCGCCAUGUUACCAACAAAACCUCAGUCUCGGCAACAUCACCGCCACCUCCUCACUCUCUCUUACCGACGGGAAUGCUCCUUAGAUCGUUACUCAUUGCCACUGUCUCGAGCCAUCGUGCCCUUUUAACACCGUCACUUGCUGUUCUAUCCUUCUUUUCCAAACCUCGUCCCGCCCUGUUUAGCGUCGAAAAGAACCCACUGCUACAUGCAAUCUUCAAGUCAACCCUCUACAGGCAUUUCUGCGCCGGGGAGAAUGUGGAAGAAGUCAAGACAACGAAAAAAAACAUCAAGGAUAUGGGGUUUCGAGGAGUUAUCCUGACUUAUGCCCGUGAAGUUGUGGUUGACUCUUCGACGGAGCAAGAGGUUGGUGUGGGAGCUCUGGAGUACAAGGAGAAGGAUGUGGCUGAGCUUGAGAAAGAAGUUCCAUUUGAUGAAGGCAUUCAGGCGUGGAGAGAUGGAGUUCUGGAGACUGCUUCGAUGCUUGGAGAGGGUGACUUUCUGGCUCUCAAGUUCACAGGCGCUGGGGCUAAAGUCACUGAGGCAUUGGCAGCCAGAAAACCUCUUUCAACCCAGAUGCAAGAUGCCCUUGAUGCUGUUUGUGAUCAGGCCAUCAAACGCAAGGCAAGUAUCCUAGUCGACGCCGAACAGCAGUUUGUACAGCCUGGCAUCGACGACGUUGCACUGAGUCUCAUGCGCACAUACAACCGAGAGCAUGCAACAGUCUACAACACCUAUCAAGCCUAUCUCAAGUCGACACCCUCCACACUCCUGCGUCACUUGCAUUUCGCCAAGGAUCAGGGGUUUACUAUUGGCGUCAAGCUUGUGAGGGGGGCGUACAUGGGCACGGAACCGCGGCAUCUCAUCAAGGAUACGAAGCAGGAGACAGAUGAUUCGUAUGAUUCCAUCACUCAAGGCUUACUGGAGGGAAGAUAUCAAGAUCUGGAGCAUGGUUCAUCAGCUGGUUUCCCUCGACUCAACUUGUUUCUGGCAACCCACAACAAGCAGAGCGCGCUCAACGCAUAUCAAGUGCAGCAAAAGCGAUCUGAGGAAGGUUUGCCGCUGAUCAAAGUUCAAUAUGGACAGCUGCUUGGUAUGGCUGACGAGGUAAGCUGCACGUUGCUGCAGCUCGGUGGGAAGGCGGGAAAUACAUCCCCGGAGGUGUAUAAAUGCCUGAGCUGGGGAACAUUGGGCGAUUGUAUCUCGUACCUCCUCAGAAGGGCUGUGGAGAAUAGGGAUGCUGUCCCGAGGACAAAGGCGGAAUAUUUUGCCGUGAGGAAAGAGGUUUGGAGGAGGUUGAAGAGCGCUCUCACGUUUGAAAUCGCAAGUAGAUAG